AUGGCCCAUGCUGUUAGCAUCAAUUCAAUUGCAUUUAACUUGAUAACCAUAUGUCUGUUGAUCCAGGCAAACAUAGAUGUGUGCAAAAGAGGAGACGUGACGGUGAGCCCUGCCCGGACGGUCGUCUUCGGAUCCCCCGUCACCGUCUCCUGCUGCCUGAAGCCGGAACGAGGCUACCCCACCGUCAACAAGCUCGUCCUCUAUAAAAACAACUCGAGAAUCAAGUCCCAGAAAAACAGCACGAUCAGCGUUCAGGUUUCGGAUCUCGAGCCUGGCACCACCCUGUUUGUUUGCAAAUUACUGUGCGGAGGUGAUCGCAAAGAAGUCCGUGUCUGUGGAGCUGAGGUUACUGUUGGCGUUGCUCCAGAACAGCCCCAAAACAUAUCCUGUAUCCAGGCUGGAGAGCACGGGAAUGUCUCUUGUGUUUGGAGCAAGGGGAGACCUACCCACCUGUACACAGUCUACACACUGUGGUUAAGAGGGCCAAAGGGUUUGAAUUUACAGAGAGGGUUUGAUGAUCAGUGCCAUGGUUAUCAGGAUCUUGGAUUCAACCUGAGCCCUGAAUCUCCUGAGUCCGUUUACACGGUGGCAGUCAUCGCUGAGAACAGCCUUGGGUCUUUGGCUUCCAACACUUUGCAAUUCACAUUUGUGGAUGUCGUGAAGCCUUGGGCACCAACUGAUGUUGAAAUAACAUUUCACAACUCUUCUGUGGUCAGCUGUACCGUUCGAUGGAAGGACCACGGGCAGGUGUGGCUUAGCCACCUCAGAUAUCGGCUAGUGAGUGGCAUCUCCUGGAAGCAGGUCAAUGUUACGGGCGGGAGAGGAAGCUAUAAUCUGUACGAUCUGAAACCAUUUACAGAGUACGAAUUUCAAGUUUCCUCCAAGAUGCACCCUGUUAGAGGACUAUGGAGUGACUGGAGUUCAUUACUGAGGAGACGGACCCCGGAAGGAGAGCCGAUUGGAAUGUUAGAUGUCUGGUUUCUGACGCAGAACCUGGGCCCCAACACACGGAAUAUUUCUCUGUUUUGGAAGAACCUGAGCUCUUCAGAGGCAAGAGGGACGAUCCUCCGAUACCAGGUGACGUUUCAAGGAGUGCCCGGGGAUGAGGGAGCCGGCCCGUCCACGCCAGAGACCUUCUUCACCCAGCACAACUCCUGCUCCAGGGCCGUCCCCAAAGGGGACUACACCGUCACCGUCUCGGCACUGAAUGCCAAAGGUCGCUCCCCGCCCACCCGCAUCGACAUCACCCACCUGGGCUGCGCAGGGUCACUGGCGCCCGGCCGCCUAGAAGUGAAGGCCGAAGGAGCCAGGAGUGUUGUCGUGCUGUGGGAGCACCCCCUGAAGCCCAUCGACCAGUAUGUCCUGGAGUGGCACGAGGACCCCCCAAAGGGCGGCGGAUUCCCCCGGCCACGCUGGCUCCGACUCCCCCCGUCAGAGCUGAAGGCGGUAAUAUCAGAGAGCAUAUGGCCACACACGUGCUACCGCGUCAGCCUCUACGCCCUGGCCGGGGCCCGAGGGGGCUGCUCGUCGGUCCUGGGCAGUACCGGCUCCCGAGUGCCGCUCAGCGGGCCCCAGGUAUCCGGGACCACGACGCAAGGAAAGGUGGUGUGGGUGACGUGGUCAGCCGUCCCGGCCCACCAGCAGAUGGGCUGCAUCCUCCGCUACCGGCUCUACGUUCACCAACGGGGCUCAACCUCUGCCCCUCUCGUUUUUGAAAUCCCUGCGGAGGCAUCGCAGAACUCCCACCCGCUGGAGAACUUGACGCCCGGCGUGGCUUACGUCGUGUGGCUGACGGCCUCCACGGAGGCCGGGGAGGGCCCCGCUGGGCAUGAGGAGCUGCUGGUCCUGGAGGCCGACCGGAGCAGCCUGGUGGGACUGACGGUGUCCAUCGCUGUCCUGGCCGUGGGAAUUUUCUCCGUGAAGCAGAUCAGACACAAAACCGCCUCGCUCGUUGCUCUCCUCAAACCACGCUGGCUCAGCAGCAGAGUUCCAGACCCAGCCAACAGCACUUGGGCGAAAACCUAUUCGUUUCUGGAGGAUGAGAUGCAACUCCACUCAGACAAACUCCCGUUCACCUGGCCCAGUUCUGAAGAACCUGAAACUCUGACGAUUAAGGAGGUUCUGCACAGAGGGGGCUCGGCGCCCCACGGUCCCACAAGGAAAGCCUUCCCGGCCCAGGAGCCCACUCAAGAGGCGGGAGACCGAGCCGCUUCGCCAACCCCCCCGCGGUGUCCGCAGGUCGACCCGUACAAGACCAUGGGGCCGGGGGGUCCGGAACCCACAGGAACCCAGUCAGCCCCAGCCAGCUCCCUGCUAGCCAUGACGGUGGACUAUUUACCUACCGCCAUGGACUACUUGUCCUCUGCCAUCCUGCCCUCGGACUCCAGGCCCUCGGACCCCGUCAAGAUGGAGGACCUCUUCCCAUCCGUCUUCCUGAAGAUCCCUUUCCAGCCCGUGGCCUUCCCCGGCCCCGGAAACUUGACGCUGGACCAAGUGAGGAUUAACGGUGAGCCCCAGCUGAGGGGUGGGCUUCUGAGCAGCACACCUGCGGCAGAACAGCCUGAGCCAGGGGGGCCUGUCUGCUCUUCGUGACCCUCCCCAGGCCCUAAGGAAGAGCCUGCAGACCAGCCCUGCACCCUCCCUUGCCCACCACACUGAGCUCUU